UUCUCCCUCUUCCUCCAUCAUCGAAGGGACAGGUGUGCCAUUGUCUGAAUAAACCAUACGAAAUCUGCCUUUGCGAGCCCGACCGCUCUGCUGCGACUUCUUGUCCACUUCUGAAUCUUCUUGACCGACCCACACGUACCAUGGCUACGGCGUACGCUCAGCCAUUUCCGCUCGCCAAUCCGGUGCAUAAAAUCGAGAAACCGACCUUCGGACCCGACCUCGCUGUGCGGCUCAUCUGCCCCGAAUGCAGGGACCCAAACCCCAAUAUCGUUGAGCAAUUUAGCAGCGGCGAUCUCGUGUGCGGUACGUGUGGGCUGGUGCUGGGAGAUCGUGUUGUAGACACCCGUAGCGAAUGGAGGACGUUCGCCAACGACGAGGGUGAUGACCCGUCGCGUGUUGGUGCUGCAUCAGACCCGCUCAUGGAUGGUAUGGAGCAAUUGGAUACCACCAUAUCCUUCCGAGAUGGCGGUUCAGGCAUCGCGCGCGAGCUCCAGCGCGCAGCCUCCCGCUCCUCCGCUUCGCGCGCGGAGCGUAACCUCCUACAAGCGUUCCGCGACAUCUCCUCGUGGUGCGACCAGUUCUCCCUUCCUAAAACGAUAUCGGACAUCGCAAAACAGCUGUACAAGCGGACUGACGAGGAGAAGCUCCUCCGCGGGAAGCCCUCCGAAGCAAUCAUCGCUGCCUGUAUCUUCAUUGCGUGUCGACAGGCUCAUGUCCCACGUACUUUCCGCGAGAUCUGCAGUCUCACCGGUGUGAGCAAGAAGACGCUUGGACAGUGCUACAAGGCGAUGGAGCAGGCGUUUAACCUCACGCCCGGCGCGUCUGCGCAGGGUGAUCGCCAUCUCACCACGCCCGCUGCGGCGCGCGGUCCAGAGGACCUCCUCGUACGAUACUGCAACCACCUCGACCUGCCCCCUAACGUCCAGCCCAUUUGCUCCGACAUCAUCAUCAAAGCACGCGAGCUGGGUAUUGCAGAUGGUCGCUCGCCUGUGUCCAUCGCAGGUGGCGCCAUCUACUUCACUUGCCAUUUGCUUGGUAAAGUGAAGAGCGCACGAGACAUCAGCACGGUCGCUGGUGUCAGCGAGGGCACGAUCAAGCUUGUGUACAGGCUGUACUAUGCAGAGAGAGAGAAGCUGAUCAAGGAGGAGUGGAUAAAGGAUGGGAAGGCCGACCUAAGCCGGCUUCCCAUGGACCAGACCAAAUGAAGGAGAGAGAGGGAGAAAACUUCGUAUGGACAUGGCCGCCACCGUAUACCAUAUGCACCCGUAAUCCAGUGUUGUACAUAUAGCCUUAUGAUAUGACAAUGCUAUGUCACUCGUUAUGACCCAAAU